UGAUUCAAGGUUAAAUAUUUGCUCAAGGAUCACAGCUGUAAGCAAUUAAUUUAGUAUUGUGACAAAGAUGUAAUUAUAGUUGAGCAGCACCCUAAUGCAUAAGCAAAAAGUGCCUAAGAUAGUAAGGAAAACAAAUCUUAGGUGAAUUUUGGGCAGCGCUAUAUAGCAUCAAAGCAUCCCUGCUGUGGAUGCCUACAUCAAUGGAGGUCAGCCACAAAGCACUACAUCAGGGCACAUGCUAUAUAUAUGGUGAAUGCAGAUGCACUGAUGAAGUUCUAGUAAGGACAUAAAAUAUUGCAAGUAACAUGAUUGGCUUGAUUGGCUGAUUGAUUAACUGCAUAAAUGAUCAGGUGUACAGGUGUUUCUAAUAAAGUGGACCAAAGACUCAAAUCCUGAUAGGCAUUCUGAAUUUGUGAAAUGUUCAAUACAUAAAUAAAAAAUGGUGUAGAUUGAAAACCACCCUGUGGCUGACCUCUUUUUUCCUGCAAUUUUGCAGUGGGCAUUUCAAUGUCACUAUUUCAUUAGACUAUGUUCAGAGAAUGGCUGUGGGUCUGUCAGAGUAUUAGUUAUAUCUAUCGGGUUAGAUUGGCCCUCGACACAUUAAAAUAAAUGCAUGCAGGGGAAUAUUAAUAAAUGUUAACAGAAAUUAUAAUUUACAUAUACUACAUAUACAUAAGAACAUAGAGUGUUAUGGGAUAAAAAGGGUAAACAAAGAACACAGGAAUGAUGUGCUUACACAGUGUAUGUAAAUCUACUUUAAAAAAAAAAAAACCUUUUGACAAAUGCAAAAAAUACAGAAAAAUAUGAAAUUUAAAAGCCUGUCUGAGUCCACAUGACAGAUUGUUGAUAUAAUUUGUGGAUUCUCUAUUAGGAAAGAUGGGAGGGGCAUUGCAGAUAUUGCUAUAUAAAUCUGACUGGCACAGAACUGGAGUUCAGCUGCCUUUUCACCGUCCUACAAGUCAUCCCAGAAUAUCAGACAAAAUAAGUUACAUCAUUUGUCUGUUUCAUUUUAAUUUCACUUAUUAUUUUAAAUUAUACAAUGGAACUUUUGAAACUUUCCGUUCUGGCCUUUGCCUUAUAUGCACAGUUGCAGACUGGUGUGUCAAGUGAGGACACGGAUAUCUUGUCCCUGAAGAACUGGCAGGGUGAUCCAGCAGAAAGUGUUUUCACUCUGCGCAUUGAUGACCUGCUGAAGCACUCAAAAUCACAGCAGUUUCAUGGUUUAAUGGGCCGAAGCUUAGAAAAUUCUCAACCCCUGCAACUUGGUCCGAAAAGAAACAAUGGCGAGAUGUUUGUUGGACUGAUGGGGAAGAGAUCUUCAAGGGGAGAUUUUGAAGAAGUACCAGACAAACCAGAGUAAUGCUAAUUAGGCAAACAAAACGACUGACUUUGCCUCACUAUCAGUAUGUAAUGUGCUUCUAUCUAAUUUAUAUUAAGAAAAUAAAAUUUAUAAAUCAUGCUACUGAUUAUUC